AUGCAAACAAUAUCACUUUCUAGUGCUUGUGCUGAUGAGUCUACUGAUGAAGACGAACAGACUUCGCAAGUUCGUUUAUCAAUUAAAGGACAAAAACAACUUGUUGAUAAACGUGUUAAACGGAGAACUACUUUUAAGCGAAUACAACGUUCAGCUAAAAUGGAAAUAAUUAAAUAUUCAUUUAAGAUAGUACUGUCAGAUGUGGCUGAAGGUAGUAUUGACAUUGAUUCAGGUGUUCGUGAAGUUAAUGUUUAUGUUGAUCAAGGUGCUCAUGAAAUUCAUGCUAAUGCUAAUCAAAGUGUAAAUUCACGACGACCAUGUCAUUUUAUAAUACCUCGCAAUUGGACUAGUCGAAAAGUGUGA